AGGCCCUCAGUCACCUGCUGCAAGUCAGCCCAAAGGAAUCCUGACAGCGCAGACUAAGUGAGCCCAGGAGAACAUUUGACACCCGUCUCCAAAUCAUCAGUUGACAGACUCUGCCUGCCUUGGAGCCUGCAACAAGCCUCUUCAGCACCCGCUCUUCACAGAAGUCCAGCUUCAUAUUUUUUUUUUUGCAAUGCCAGGGAACAAGGAUUUUCGAUCCCUCGUCUUCUGCAUGAUGCUAGUUUCCUGUUUUGCUGUGAGGAUCAAGGAAAAGGGGCAGGAUGUCAUCUACCUUCCCAGAGGGGAGUCGGUCAAGCUGGGGUGCCCAUUUGCAUCAGACCCAGAAGAUGACACUCCGGACAAUGGCUGGGACAUUGAAUGGAAGCAAGUGAAGCCAGGCCCACAUCCCCAGGAUUACCCGCUCCUGAGUUACCAUGAUAACCGUGUCAACUACCCUGGACCUCCUGAUCUCCAGCAGAGGGUGGGUUUCAUCUCUCCAGAUCCCAGCCUGUAUGAUGCCUCCAUGCAACUACGGGACGUGCAGAUCACUGACUCAGCCACAUAUGAAUGCAAGGUGAAGAAGACCACAGAAGCCAGCCACAAAGUGACCAUCACUGUACAAGAAAGACCCCUACUCCCCCAAUGCUCGAUAAUCGGUGACAUAGCCUAUGGGGCGGAUGUCACGCUGCGCUGCUUCACUUCCACGGGCUCGCCGCCCCUCACCUACCAGUGGUCCAUGACGCACGGGCAUCAAUUCAGGGACUGGAUGCCCCCCGGAGGAUCAAUGGGCUCUGUCCCUGGAGACCUUCACAUCAGGGAUUUGUGCGACGACCACGUGGGUACCUACCAGUGCAGCGUGCGGAAUAACGUAGGCGUGGCCUAUUGCUCCGUGGACAUCUACUUUGGCGGAGGUUACCGCAGCGGUUUGAUCAUUGCGGGAUCUGUCAUCAUCGCCCUCCUGGCCCUGGCCCUGAUCAUUGGGGGGAUCAUCUGGUGCUGUUCAUGCUGCUGUGGGAAAGGCUGGUGUAGCGGUUGCCCUGGUUGCUACUGCGGGAAGGAUUAUUGCUGGGACUGCUGCUGUUCCGGCUGUACUCAGGAGCCAAAGCAGGAAUACCAGGAGACCAAAGCCAGUGAGAUCUGUGUGGAUGCCGAUGCUCCUCCUAGCAGACCGUGCAGCCAGGCGUUCAGCCGCGCAAGCAGCCUCCAUUCCCUCCUUGGCGGCUACCAGACGCGGACUGGCCAGUACACGCAGUGCCGCAAGUACGCAUCCCCCAUUGUUCAGGUGAAGAUGACGUCUCCCCCCGACAGCGACGUCAGCGUUGUCCUGGCCCCUGAAAUCCCGUCUCCCCCCAGCUCGGAACAAGGAGAUGUUUCUGAGCACUACUACCCCGCUAAAGGGAAAGAUGCUUAUCCCACGGCAAUCGACUCCGUUCCUGGGUACGUCAAGGGGGAGAACUACAAAGGAUCCAGUCCGAGGCAUCAGAUCUACUCCGAGCCGCAAAAGUUCUCCACACCCGCCUCCGAUCCCGGUUGCAUCCGCUGGCAGGAUGGAAACACCAGGCCCUACAAGGGCACCGUAGUCAUGAUGCGAUCAGCAAGCAAAGAAGGGCUUUUGAUAUGA